UUCUAGACUUCUUAGGCUAUUGACUUACCACCCUGACCUCUAUUGGAAGUGUAAAUCUUAUGGGAAUUGACAGUUCGCGCUUCGGUGUUGAUUGAGAGGAAAGGGAGAAUGUCGGAAAUAGACGAUAUGGCUGUUUUGGACGUGUCAUCCGAAUGCAAGUCCUUAAUGUUGCAGAGACAGUGUAGCAGGGAUACAGAUGUCAUGUCUAAUUACAGUACUUCAUUGGAUGAUUCCGUGGUUGCUUCCCCAUCAGUUGAGAGCUUUUCAACGCUGCCAGACCAGGAAUUAUCAGAGUUUGGUGUUGAUACAAGGGAUUUGCUGGUGAAAGUUGAUAAUCCACAGAAGCACCUUGACACACUGGAAACAUACAUAACAUUUCGUAUUACAACAAAGACGACGCGAACCGAGUACGAGGAAACUGAAUACGUAGUUAGGAGGAGGUACAAUGAUUUCGUUUGGCUUCGUCUGAAACUGGUUGAAGCGUUUCCAACUCAUCUAAUUCCACCCCUUCCAGCUAAACACACCUUAAUAGCUCAGUUGGAUCGGUACUCAAAAGAGUUCAUUAUAGCAAGAAUGGCUCUUCUCCAUCGCUUUCUUAAUAGAAUUGCAAGUCAUCCUGUUCUGAGCUGUAACUUGAGUCUCAAAAUAUUUCUGACUGCAAAACCAUCAGAAUUUUCAAUACACCGUAAAUGCCGACUCAGUCUUCUUGGAAGAGUGUCAAACUCUUUGCAGAACUUGGCUUCAGUGUACAUGAUGCAUCAGAAGAAUUCAGAGUUUGACCGUAUUAGGGACUAUUUGACAUCACUUGGAGAAAAACUUACAAAUAUAGACAAAAUAGCACAAAGGAUUCAAAAGGAAAGACAAGAAUAUUUAUAUGAGAUGCACCAGAUGCACCCUAUAUUUACCUUGUGGUCUGCAUCUGAGCCAGAACUUAGUCCAGUAUUGCUUGCUUUAGCAAGUGCUGUUGAACAUAAUUCUCGUUCGCUGCAUAAUGUUCUUGCUGCUGCUAACCCGAGCUUUGUACAGCCACUGAAGGAGUAUCUGCUAUACAUUCAAGCAGUGAAAGAAGCCCUGCAACGCCGAGAUGCCUUUGAAAUAGAGUAUGAGUUGGCAGUGGAUGAACUUAAGAAAAAAAGAGCAGAAAAGGAACAGCUGAUGGCUAUGGAGCAACAGGUUCCAAUGAAUUCUGGAGGGAACUUCAGUCUUGGAGGAGGCUCACUGUGGAGAAGUUCUGGUGAAGCAAGAGAGGAAAAAAUACAAAAAUUAGGUGCUUCUAUACCACAACUAAUCAAGCAAGUAGAGGAAAAUCAAGACAAAGUUGAAUGUGCAAAUGAAGAUCUGAGAGCUGAUUUGGAGCGUUGGAACCACGAGAAAAAAGAAGAUCUGAAGAAAAUAUUUCUUGCACUUGCAAAUCAGCAGAUUAAAUAUUAUGAGCAGUGCCUUGGUGCAUGGGAGGAGGUCCUUCCAGAAAUUAGGGGUUGCAGUGAAACCUCACAACAUAGCAAACCUCUUCAGGUGUCUAGCUAGUUUAGUCCAUAGCCGUUACGCUAUUUUUUAAAAAAAACACACACACACACACACACACACACACACACACACACACACACACACACACACACAGAGAGAGAGAGAGAGAGAGAGAGAGAGAGAGAGAGAGAGAGAGCGAUAUUGUGUUGUGGAAAGCUUUAGUCUUUUUUCAUUGUAGAAUAGUGAUGGAGUGCAAUAAUUAUUUCUAUUUUAUUUCUGAGUCUAUAAAACUGAAUCUUGUUUAUCAUCUGCAUAUGGUUGUGAUAUGGUCAUUAUAAGUGAGUUACAUUUAAUUGAAUUGUUACUAGACUCAUAGACUUUGUAGCUAAAUUAUUGAUUUGUUUCUUUUUUUUUAGUUUAAAGUAUAUGAAUGGUGAUUGUGAGAUGAUGAUGAAAUUUUAUUGUGAAUUAUUCUACAAUUGUCAUUUGUUGUUUUUUGGUUGCUUAAUUUGUCAUAAUUAUGUUAUAUGGCUUAGUGGCUGGGUAUUUAGAAAAAUACUGAAGCACCAUUUGGAUAGGACAGUGAUUUCCUGAAUUAAAAUGGACAGAUGGUUGCAUCUUGGAAUUAUUUUCAUUCUACACCUGUCUUUGUGAAAUUGUAAAUGGGAUUCCCUUUUAAAAUUUUCAAAUGUUUUAUCACCUUUUGUUAACUUGAUAGUGUAACACAGUGCUGCUUUUGAAUAAGUCUUGUAGGUUUUAAUGGGUGUGGUGGUUAAUGAGGCAGCAUUAACCAUACAUGCUGCCUAUGUUCUAGAAUGUAUUUACUUUUUCUGUGUAAUCCUUUGAGUACAUGACUUGGUCAUCAUUAAGAAAGUUUGUCAGUAGUAUGUUAUGAGUGAUUUUUCCUUCAAGUGAUUUUUUAUUUUUUCAGACAUGUUGUUGGUAGUUUUCCCAUUAUUUGGAUGGUUGCCGAAGUUCUAAAACACACACACACACACACACACACACACACACACACACACACACACACACACACACACACAAAUAUUCAGUAAACUGUAUUUUCAUAAUGUUCAGUGUGCAGAAUUUAUACCAUGAAACUUGAGUUGUUCACUACCUAGGGUUUAUGCUUCAGCACUUUGGUACCAGUGUUUCAGUGGUUUUUAUCUUUAAAAUGCUGGUAUCACAUAGCCAUGAAAAUGUACCGUUCUGUGUACUUACUGAUGAUCAGUUUCAACCAAUAGACCAUCUUAGUCACAUCUGUCACUUGGUCAUUUGACUGAAAUUAGUUGUCCAUAAAUACACACACCUUACAACAGCAUUUGGUGGUUUUGUGAUGCCAUUCUCUAAAUACGUUGUUGCUGUGCAGUACUGUUUACAUAAAAUGUUUUGGUUAUUUUAUCAUUCUAUGAUAUUAUAUUGAUACGUAGUCCAAAUACCCACCCUGCUUUAGCUUCAGAGUUCAAAUCAUUUUAAAUUUUUGUACAACUAGCUACAAGGAUUUGUUAAUGUCUUUGUCUGUUGUCAUGUUAAAGUGGUAGCUUAGUUCAGUUCAUUGUCAUUGUCAUGUUCAUUAAGGUUUUCAUAAGUUGUGGUCAGAUAGUUAUUUCCAAAUUUGAAAAUUUGCCUGAUACGUGUGGAGAAUGAGAAAAUGAGCAUAUAAUUAUUAUUCAUAUAGAGUUAAGAUUUAAGAAAAAAAAUAUUCCUUGACUCAGGUAAUAAGUUAAACGAAAAUGUUGUUUGCUAUGCCUUUUUUCUCAAACAUAUAGUACCCAGUAAAGUAGAAUAUGCUUAUACUAAUUAAGGCCAAAGCAUCUUAAAAAUGUAAUUUUGUCUGUAUUGUUCCUGUAAAGUAAUGAUUGCAUCACUGUGCAGUGCUGCCAUUGUGGAAAGUGCAAUUACUAGUUCCAGUCUUAUUUAGCGUUUGGUCUGGUACCAGGCAAUUAAGGCAUCUAAUAGAACAAGUAUUCAUAUAGCUUAUUUUCCAGUCUGUAGAGAUUGUUAUUACAGUAAGAACAAGGCAAAUUUAAUAAAUAUUCAGAUGUGUAAAGAACAUGUACAGCCCUUAUUUCUGCAGUCUCAAUAUGGUUCUAAGUAUUCAGAAGGUCUGUACAUACUAUUAAAUGCUUAGCAUUCCUAUCUGACAAUCAUUAUAAUUAGCACAAUGAAGUAUAGUUUAUUAGAUUUGUGGUAAAAUAAGCCAACCCUACAUGUAGUGUGGAUGAAGAUGGAUCUACUGAAAUACUCAAAAGUACAAAAUGUGAAUUAGUGAAGCAUGGUAUGUACAGCAUUCAACAUAGUUUGAAGUUUCGUAAUUCAUUUACAUUUACAUUUGUGUGUGUGUGUGUGUGUGUGUGUGUGUGUGUGUGUGAGAGAGAGAGAGAGAGAGAGAGAGAGAGAGAGAGAGAUUACAAAUCGUCAUAUAAAUACUACGUGGAUUCAUAAUGGAAUAUUGAUGAGAAUAUUGCUGACCCCCAUUAUAGUACAAUUUUGCCAUAGUAAUGACACUUGGUGCACAUGUUCUCUGGUUGGUGUUGCCUCAUUCAGAUUUUAAUUCGCCUUUUCACUUUAACUCACUGUUAAACAGCAAAUUACUGUUAUGCUGUUUUAGAUGAGCAUGAAGUCAGAGGCAAAGAUCAUAAAUGUAGUUAUUGUUAUGGAAAACCAUGUGAAUACUAUAUGAUGUGUAUUGAUUGUGCAGUAUUGUCCACAUGAUCUAUUCCAGUGUCAUUGGAAGAACGUGCUUUAUGAUGUCAUAUCUAUAGUUUUUUGUAUCAGACUCCCCGUAAUUUUCUUUGAACCGUAAAUGAAAGUAAUUUUAUCUACAUUGUGUUACUAUAAGUCAAAAGUCAAAUACUCUUCUGGAAGUUUGUGUGAUAGGUAAAAGCACAUGUGGAGAGUAAACAAUAAACUUAAAAAAUUCACAAGCUCUAACUUUUAAUGGUACAUUUCCAGCAUAUUUUCUAGCAUUAUAAAAGUUGAAGUAUAGUAAUAUACAGUAUUACUCUGUUGUAAAUUAUAUUAACAUUUUCACACACACACACACACACACACACACACACACACACACACACACACACACACAGUCAGUGAUCCCCUUAAAUAUUUUACUUAAAAUACAGGCAAGACUAAUUGGUCUAUAGGUUUUGCUGUCAUCCAUUGUUCCCUUUUUCUUGUUCCCAGUAUUACCACCACUCCAUUCCAGAAAUCUGGGAACAGACUAUUAUUUAUACAAUGGUAUGAUAGGUAUCUUAUGCAAAGCACAGUGCUCUAACCAUGUUCUCUCUCUCUCUCUCUCUCUCUCUCUCUCUCUUUCUCUCUUUCUUGAUGAGUUAGAUUCAGGUUUAUGAUUCUGUCUCCACAAAAUGUGUUACUAAUUUGAAAAUAUGUGUGGCAAAGGGAAGAGAGUAAUUUAUUUUCAUAAUAACUGUUACACAGGUCACCUACCAGACUAAAGGUAUCUAUUUUGUUUUGGGAUUUGGCUGCUGUGGUUACUGUUGGGUUUGUUGUGCUACCUCAUGAAUAACCCUGCAUAAAGAUGCUAUAACACUGUUAAUGGAAACAUAAAAGAUGAAAUUUGUUGCAUCAUGAGAUUUUGGAAAUUAUGGAGUUGUUAUUUUGGAUUAAAGACAAAGUAGGAGAAAUGAAGACAAAAGAGAGAAAAGCUGUCUAGGGCAAAAAGAAAGUAAUUUUGAUGCAGACUGGGUGAGGAGGGGGUGGGAGUGAGAGGUGGGGGAGAAGGGGCAGGAGUUAGCAUGAAAAUGUUAGGUGUAAAAUCAAAUUUUAAUACUUGAGAAAUAAUAGGUUUCAGGUGUUGAAACAAAUGUUUAAAAGGUAAACAAAUUAAUGGAAAACAGCGUAAAAAAAUAAUGAAAUUAUAAUAGUAAUGUGUUUGAUUUUACAAUCAAUUUACAUUGAAGAUGCCUGUCUAGUUAGCUGAUUAUCCUAUUCACCUGUUUUGUGAGAGAAAACAUAUAUUUUUCUUAUUGGCAUAUUUGAGGCAUAUCAGUUUGGGCAGCCCAUUCCUGAUUUCUUUUGUGUUGAAAAGUAGGUAAAGAUUACGAGUGAAAUAUUGCUGAGAUUAUAUGUGAAAAAUUGAUUACCUGAUUGGGGUAGCUUCAUGGCAGUCACAGUUCUAGUCAUGGAACUAGUAAUUUAAAUCUUCUUUGCUUUUGUGACCAGCUCCCUUCAGUUGCCACUAGUGCAUCCCUUCCCAUUUCUAAGUCGAGAAAAAAUCUCUAAUUUUUUUAUGCUUCACUUCUCCUCAACAAACUUCUAAAAAAUGUGUAUGUACCACUAAAUCUCUCGUUUGUGAUAAUAUCUGCAUCUUCUCUAGCCAUAACUUAGCAGCUUUGUAUGGUCCUGUGUUGUACAUACUGUAGUUCCAUAUCAUAUGCAAAUACACACAUGUGUACCAUUUUUAGACCUGUAUGGGCAGUGUCUUUUUAAAUUUUUAAUUGGCAACAUAUUCUAGAAAAUAAGUAGUUAGGUCAGUUAGGCAGAGUACAGACUGAAACAUUUACACUUACAUUAAACUGAUGACAUAUUUUUACCGACGUUGUUGUGUGAAAGUAAGUUUUUAAACAGUAAAAACUUAGUGCAGCAUUCAAUCAUUUAAUGUCCAGAAGCCGGGCUUGACAGUGCCUUCUCGUAAGCAUAAUGCUGUGCUGUCCUAGCUGUCAUCAGAUGGGCCUACUUCAUCCACAUUGCAAAUUUGAGUGCACUCGUCCAUUUCAUUUCCCCCUGGAAUACAAAUGGCAGAUUUAGCAAUAAUAUUUUAUAUGACAUAAAGUAAAUACUAUUUAUUCCAUUAUUUCUACAUUCAGACAGUUUUCCAAUUGAUUACAAUUGAUUUUAAAAUCACAUGGCUCCAUAUCAAAUCACUAAAUGAGGGGUCAGUGUACAGUAAAUAUGUAUGUAGAUCACUUGAACAUUAGGGAGUUCAUUGAGCCAUCAACAUACAUUAUUAUGGAUGGAUCAGCUGCCACACGCUCAGAUGGUAUACUUGCAGAUGUACUAUAUGUAGAUUGCGACGUUUAUUGCCUAAAGAUGGAGUCUCGUGGCUUCAAAAUUGAUCAAAAUUUAAUUUAAAAGCGAUAAAUACAGCUGUUUGAAUAUGGAAAUAAAACAAGGAAUGAAAUAUUUAUUUUCUGCCAUGAAACUAUCAGCAGCUAUGUUUCCUCCUCUUCCAUAACUGUGGAAUCUGUAAGAUGAUAAUUUGUGAUGUUGCAGUUGUGUGCAAAAUUCCAUUAGAAAGCUCAACAGGUGAAGCAGUGUAACUGACCAUUGCUGACUGAAAUUUGUGUGCCUCAGUAUUGAUUUAAGAGUUUUUGUGUUAGAUUUAUAACUGUCCUUUUAAGAAAAGCAACUGGACUUAUUACUGUUUGAUCAAACAUGUUGAUUAUGUGCAAGUCCCCUCGUUAACUACCUUCAAAAUUUUGUCACCAGUAAUUAUUGCAGUGGCCAGAUAAAAAUGUAUUGAAGCUACUCUGGCUGUGGAAUUGGUGAAUUUAUGUUAAAUUUCUGAAUUUUAUUAAAAUGUCCUACCUAUUAUACUACAUAAUAAAUAAAUUAAUCCAAAUCUAAUGUGCCAUAAUUUUGAUAUCCAAUAACUGAGGAAGAGUUUAUGUACUAUUAUAUCAUUCAGUUAUUAAUUUUCAUAUGUGAGUGUUAUGAUUUCUUAUUUCUGAUGAAGCUCCCUUACGAGGUAUCCAGAAUAAGUUUUCAUGAUUCAAACUACUGGUUUGUCCAAACAUUGAUGUAGGAAUGUUCAGUUAUUUGAGGCCUAAGGUGCACAUAUAAAUAGGAGACACUAGCCUUUUUGUGAGUGUGUGUAUUUUCAUAUGUAAUAUUUCCUAAAUUAACUUAGCCUGUCGCAGUAUUUUUUUUAAACCUUCUUGUCUUUCAUGUAAUUGUAGUUACAUCUUGAAAGUGGGCUGUGCCUAGAUAUAACUUAAAUUCCUUGUGAUAAAGUAAAUAUUCCAACUGUUUAUUAACAUAAUUCUAUCUCUAGGAAUAUUCUGGGGAGAGAAGAAUGUUAGCUUAAAUGUGAUAAAGUAAAUUGUGACUAGAGUAACAGAUUGCUAAAUUGUUGAAAGUAAAAAAAUAUUACUAAUUGACAACUGAAAGAGGGACAUACAAAAUAUGACCAGUUACAAUUGUGGUUGGCUGAAGUUUAUUGCAAGGGGGAGAUAGAUGUGGUAUCAUGGAAGAAGAAAUAUAGUACUGAACAUGGAAACUGAUAUAAUCAGAAGGGCUGAUCUAUUUAUACAAAAAUCAAGGACACAUUAACUAUCAAAGUUGAAAUGCAAAUGAUUACAGUGUAAGCACAGUCACAUAUGACACUGAUUUUAUCACAGAUGAGUGACUUGCUAUAGCUUUACUAACUCCAGCGAUGUUUAAUUCAUUCCUACGUGCUGCAGCAACAGUAGUUAACCAAUCUGUAAAGUGUUUGUAAUUUGGUAAUCUCUAGAUAUGGCUGAGCCAAUAGAAGUGUGUGCAUAGUGACGUCACUAUGCUAUGUUGUAGUUUGGAAGGAAAGCAGCAGAGGAUGACUGAACUCAGUGUAAAUGUAAAAGUAAACAUGUAGUGCAAUAUUAUAAAAUUCUUAUUGUUCUGCUUUCCAGACAAGCUGGUACCCAAUAGUAGUGUACAGAGAGCCCUGGCUCUAUUGAAGCACAGGUAGUUAUGUAGAUGACUCCAUCCAAGCACACACUUUGAUUGGUGAGGCAAUACUCUAAUUAGAGUCAUCUUGAUGUAAAUGUUAACAGACCAUUACAAAUAUAACAAUGUGGAUUAAUAAUACCUUGCAGAAGACUUGAAAUUGUUCUUUCCUGUGGUCUAUUUUUGUAUUAGAUAUGAGAGGUUCAUGUUAGUUCAGAAGUAUCACAAAAUGUAUUGCAGAGAUUCAUUCACUUCAAAUAUCAACAGAAACAUUUUUAAAAAAAUCAUAACUGCAUGUCUUAGCCUAUAUGAUUGUAGGCACAGCCAUUACAAUUGUGCAAUAGAUGAAUGGAAUUUUGCAUAAAUCAUAUUAGCACCAUUUAUAAUACAUUACCUUCAAAGAAAGCAUUAAAAAGCUACAGUAUAUUUACUUCUUCUUUCAUGAUUACAUUCAUUAUUAUUAUUAUUACUACUGACAUUUUAGACUGCAUGUCAUCUUUUGUAAUUUCAGUAUUAAUUGGAUUUAUAACUAGAAUGUAUUUGAAAAACUUGAUAAGUGGAAAAGUUCAGUGAUAUGGAGAAAAUGGUACUGGCUGUCACUUUCUAAUAGGUGAUAUAUGGGACCAUAUAUUAUAUUGAGACAAUUUGUUAAAACAUGUUGAGAUAUUUAUCUGUAGGAUUUAUAAGUGGCUGUUUCUCCAGAACAAUAUUAUGAACAAAACUGUUGUUUUCAUUUCUUAAUAGGAUGACAGUCUUGUGCGUGUGCAGCUUUCAUUGUAAAUGUAGUGUAUGCUACACAGUUCAUGUGUACUUACUAACUUUCGUCAUUGCAGUACUUUUUAGUUUCUGCAUAUGCCAACAUUUAUACUUUGUCUAGUCCAGUUUUUGACUGAUAGUUCUACUAAUUUUUGUGUCUAUACAAUGUAGUUUUCGUGUGUUGUCCUUAAAAUAUAGUGUGGGUACAGUAUAAAUGCACUUGCAAAUAUAAUGUUAAUUGAAACAAUUGUCAUUUGGUGAUUGAAAAAUUAAUUACUGUGGUACAUAUCGUUCAUUGCAAUUCAGGGUAUGGCUUCUGCAGUACUUUAACCAUGAAGUUAAAGUAAUUUUGAACACCAGUAGUAUAAUUACAAGCUGAAAUGAAGAUAUUUAAUGUAAUAGUAAUACUUUUGAAAAUAAAUGUGUUCAUUUGCAUUA